AGUACCAGACAAAUAUAUGUCAGAAAGACCUCCAGAUGACUAUGAGGUGAAUUCUGAAAGAUAUAUUCAUGCCGAUAUCAUAAAUCCAACCCCUUCAACUAGUCAAAUUAUGGAAUCUCUAGUCAACGAUCUUUAUAAAAAAUUAUCAGAUAA